AUUCUAGACUUGAAACUCGUAUAAUACAGAAAAGAAAAUUGGAAUUUACUUAAUAAAACAAAAAACCAUGACUUUAAUUUUAAAACUACUUAUGAUAAUUAGUUUAUGUAAAAGUUCAUGUUCUUUAUCUUUGGAAUUUAGUAAGGCUUUAAAAAGUGAAAUAUUAGGAAAGUAUGACGAAUGUAUUAAAAUUCGUAAUAAUAUAGGAUAUUGUAGAAAUGAAAUGAGUUUAGAAACAUAUUUAUAUAUAACAAGGAAAUGUUCAGCUAUAGCUUCAGUAGGAAAAUAUGAUAAAUGCGUUCAUAAUUUCUUCAAAGAUAAAUGCGCUGAAAAUAAUGGCGGAUGUUCACAUAUUUGUGUAGAUGAGGGUACACAUCAUUUUUGUCAAUGUAAAGAUGGAUUUAAAUUAUUAUCGGAUAAAAAGACUUGUCAAAGUAAAAAUAUCCUUUUUAUUCAUAAAUGCCAAAUUGGAUAUAGAGAUAAUAAUAAAAACAUAUAUAAAUACGAAGACGAUGACUGCUUGAAUAGAAUUUUUAAAGUUAAUACUUCUCCAAAUACAACUAAAAGUUUUGACUAUCAUUUUACAUUUAAAUAUAAUCCUGGAAUAAAAAGUCAACUACAAGUAUUGAAAAGUUUUCCAACGGCUAUCAUAUCUUACGGGAUAACUAAUUCAAAUAUAACGGUUUAUAAGAUCUCGUCCGAUUCAAACUCUAAACAACGAAUAAUUUUACAAAACACACCAAAUUGUCAACCUCAGCAUUACGAUAGGAAAAAACCAUAUCAAGGAAUCAUUUCCUGUAAGAGUCAAAUCGAUUUGUCAAAUACUAAUAUCCGUAUUAACGAGAGAUUAUGCGUUCGUUUAUCAAUUACAACUGGUGGAAGAGCUGUUUUUAGCUUAGGAAAGAGUAAAUAUAGAAAUCCAAAAUUUUUAUUCAAUUCAAUAGAAGAUACUGUUGAAAAUUGUAUUGAAUAUAAAAAGGACUUGUAUCAUAUUGUCUUAGAUAAGAUAUUAAAUAAAUGCAAGGAUAGUAAUGGAGAUUGCUCACAGAUAUGCCUAUCAAAGGGAAACAAGCAUUUUUGUUCUUGUACAGAUGGUUUCAAAUUAAUGGAAGAUGGAAGAACUUGUAAAGAAAAACUACUUCCACACCUGUAUAAAUGUACUAUUUCUUAUGGGCUAAUUAGUGAAGAGACAAUGAUGUUCGAACCUAAUAGCUGUUCAGAUAGGCCUUUCGAAAAUUAUAGUAUUUUCGAUAUACCUGAACUAGUUGACUACAACUUUGAAUUUAGCUUCAAUCCGGAAAUAGAAGAAGAAGUAGAACUAUACGAAACUAUACCAUCAGUGAAAUCGUUUUAUGGAGUGACUAAAUCAACAGUAUCAGUUUUAAAGAACAAUGAUUUAUUAAAUGCCAUGGUUGAAGUAAUAACUGAUAGUUCCAUCAAGUGUACAUCUCAAGUUUACAAUAGAGAUAGUCCAUUUAAAGGAAAGAUCGUUUGUAAUAGUCAAAUUAAAUUGACUAGUUUACAUCUAAAGAGCGGUGAUAGAAUUUGCAUAAAACUAAAUAUAGUUACUGGUGGAAAAGUUAGAUUUAUACUUCAUGAUUCAGAAAUGGAACAACCAGAGUUGAGAUUGAAUUCAAAAAUUGAUAGAAUUUCAAGAUGCGUUACAAUUGAAAGAGAACCAUGA